AUGGGGGUCACACUUUUGCACCCCGAAGAUGAAUUCGAUCGAUGGGCCAUGGUCAUGGCAUUAGUUGGAGCUACAGGGGUUCUCGUAGUCUGCAACCUCUUAUUGCAGUACCUCAACUCCCCUCUCAAGCAUAUUCCAGGGCCUUGGCACACACGAUGCUCAAGACUGAGCUUGAAGCUUAGCCGGUUGACUGGAACCCGCAUGACAUACGUACACCAGCUCCACGAAAGGUACGGAAGCAUUGUCAGAAUCGCACCAAAUGAAUUAUCAUGCAUCGAUAUCCAAUCAGUUUCCCAAGUCUACAAGGUUGGCGGCGGUUUCGAAAAGGCGCAAUGGAUUGGCGACUACGCAACGAAGCUUCCAGCCCUAUCUCUGUCCAUGAUUCUGAACAGCGAAGAGGCGAAGCAGCGGCGAAGACUUUUGCAGGGCUCCUUCGCCAUUACAUCUCUACGAAAAAAUUGGGAAUCGACUAUUAGGAGUAAAGUUGAGCUUGCAGUCAUGAAGAUCAAGACAGAGGCUUUGGCGGGCUCAUCAAACUCGCACAAGUGGUGGACGUAUAUGGCCGCUGAUGUCAUCAGCCAGCUCUCAUUUGGGCAAUCAUUGGGGGUGCUGGAAUCCGGAAAGAGUACCAUGUACAUGCGAGCCAUUGAGAAUGCUCUGAUAGCGGAUGUCAUCCAAUGCGAGAUCCCAUUCCUCGCCUCUCUAUCCCAACUCAUACCUCGGUCACUGCUUCAAACAUUCUCUCGGCAGCUUGAGCAAGUCAGACUUGGUGGUGCAGAUGGCGUAGCGAGUGUCAAACAGCGAGGUCCAUCAUCAGCCCAAAGUAUCUUUACGGAAAUGAUUGCAGAAUGUGAUAGUGAAGGUCGGACUUGGUUGACAAAGGAGGCCGUCGGUAUGGAGGGUGCAGGUAUGAUGGUUGCAGGAACAGACACAACCGCUGCCGUUUUGACCUAUCUCAUCUGGUCGGUGUUGAAACAGCCAGUCCUGCAGGAAAAGCUUGAGAAUGAGAUUGCACUACUCGGCGAUAACUUUGACGAUAAACGACUCGAGGCGUGCCCCAUACUAGGUGCCGUCAUAGAAGAGACCUUGCGCUUAUAUCCCGCCGUCCUCUCAUCUCUACCAAGGCUUAUUCCAGGAGGGGGGACUACGCUGUCAUCGCACUUUGUGCCUGCAGGUACUGUUGUUUACAGCCCAGCCUACAGUCUGCAGCGCGACCCUAAGGUGUUCCCAGAUCCUCAUCGGUUCGAUGUUGAUAGAUACCUUGACCCGACCAAAGUUUCCCUCCAACAAAGGCAAGCAUACAUCCCGUUAGGAGCUGGGGCCAGAGUCUGUAUUGGUCAAUAUCUGGCAAUGAUGGAGCUCCGGCUUUCCACUGCUGUAUUCUUCAAAAGAUGUCGCGGGGCAAGACUAGGCCCAAACAUGCCAGCCGACAGCAUGGAAAUGAAGGAUUACGUCCUUCUAUCGCCGAAGAGGAAGCGAUGCGACAUCACCUUAAUUUAG